AUGAUUGCCACCUCAGGUUCAGGCACGCCUGCCUACGUCGUGGUUUCGGCUUUGGACGCCGGCCACAUUACACUUCCUGAGAGGCUGUUCGUGACCGAUGCAGACCCCGGCCUUAGAGUAACGGUGCCUUCGCUCUCGUUCCUCAUACAGCAUCAACCCUCGUCCCUCACAGCCCAAAAGACGACCCGCAUUGUCUUUGACCUGGGUGUGAAACGCGACCUGACUGGCUAUCGAGAGAUGCAGCUCGCUCAUGUGGCUCAGAGACAGCCCAUCAUAACAAACCCAGACUGCGCUGACAGUCUGCGCAAGGGCAACACUGACAGUAGAGAUUUGGACAGGAACUUCAGCCAGCAGCUUCUGGACCCAGGCAAAGAUAUUGACUUUGUCAUUCUUAGCCACGUCCACUGGGACCAUGUCGGGACGCCAUCCGACUUUAACAAUGCCACUUUCAUCGUGGGAUCAGGAACCCUAGACCUUCUGAAGAACGGUGCCGGGCCUCUCUACUCAGCCGAACUGUUCAACCAAGACGAGCUGCCACGGCUGCGAACAGUUGAACUGCCACCAGUCAAGAGGCACCACAGCAAUGAGUACAAUGACACUCCCCUCGCCCCAAAGCACACCGACACACCCGCCCAGAGUGUGGCAAAUCUACCCCAACCGGCCGGUCAAUGGGCGUGGCAACCGCUGUCUGUCUUUCCAAACGCCCUCGACUUCUUCGGCGACGGGAGCCUGUUUGUCAUCGACAGCCCAGGCCAUCUUUACGGCCACGUGAACCUUCUUGCCCGUCUCUCAGAAGAUAAAUACCUCUAUCUAGGGGGCGACUGCUGUCACGACCCCAGAAUCCUGAGCGGGGAAAAGAAUAUUGCAAUGUACGACGACGGCAGGGGAGGGGUGAGAAGUGUCCAUGUGCACACCGAGACCGCGAGAGCGACCCUGGAUAACAUUUCCAGUUUCUUGAGAGAUAGGGGUAGCGGAAAUGUCCAGAUAGAGGUUGUCUUGGCGCAUGAUAAGGUGUGGAGGGAGAAGAACCGACACAGGUUUUGGCCAGGGACGCUGUGA